UCCACGCUACACUCAGGGAGUGGAAGUGAAGAACACUUACGGAGGAGAGUUUAGCUGCCUGUUGCAUGCCAUGACAGCAUUUUAUCGGAUACUUCUCCUGUUAUCUGUGACUGUGGCCUCCAUAGAAACACGCAAACCCCAGCGGACAAAGCGCGGGUUACUUGAGUUGGCUGGAGCCAUCAAAUGCAGCACAGGGAGAUCUGCUUUGGCUUAUAUGAUGUAUGGAUGCUACUGUGGACUAGGCGGCCAAGGCUGGCCCAGAGACAGAGCAGACUGGUGCUGCCACAGACAUGAUUGCUGUUAUGGAGAUGCAGAACUUCUUGGCUGCUAUACAAAAACGAGCCAGUAUCAGUGGACAUGUGAGGACAAGACAGCCGAGUGUGAUGAUUUGAAGGACGAGUGCGAAAAGCUGCUGUGCAAGUGUGACAGAGAUGCUGCCAAAUGUCUGAGAAAAGCACCUUUCAUCCAGAAAUAUGCACUAUGGCCUGAUUUUCUAUGUGGCUACGACCAUCCAAUGUGCAAUAUUUACUGA